GAUGGUGUAAACGCGAUAGUACGAUGAUGAAAACGCGAUAGUACGAUGAUGAAAACACGAUAGUACGAUGAUGAAAACACGACAGUACGAUGGUGAAAACGCGAUAGUACGAUGAUGAAAACACGACAGUACGAUGAUGAAAACGCGAUAGUACGAUGGUGAAAACGCGAUAGUACGAUGGUGAAAACGCCAUAGUACAUUGAUGAAAACACGACAGUACUAUGAUGAAAACGCGAAAUCACGAAACUACGAUGGUGAAAACGCGACAGUACGAUGGUGAAAACACGAUAAUUUAUCGCGUUUUCAUCAUCGUAGUAUCGUACUGUCGCGUUUUCAUCAUCGUACUUUCGCGUUUUCAUCAUCGUGUUUUCGAGUUUUCACCAUCGUAGUUUCGUGAUUUCGCGUUUUCACCAUCGUACUAUCGACUAUCGCGUUUCAGAGCAACACAUUCAUAGGCAAUGGCCUUAACGGCAUUCCGUAGAAUGCCGCUCGUAUUAGAAGGUUUUUGAAUGACCAAUUACAAAGUUUACAAGCAAUUGAUACAGGUAAAUGUCUUCUAGAAAGAAUAGUUCUACCUAAGUAAAACCUAUUUAAUACAUAUUUUGUAAUUUUGAGGAUAUUGAUCAUGAAAUGUGUCGUUCCGUCUACAAUGAUACCUUUACUGAGCGACACCCUCUGCAACACGACGAUUUAGUUCGUUUCGUAGAGUUUGUUGCGCUAGAGAGGUUGAAUCAUUUAUAAAUUUUACUUUUGGAUAAAAAGGGCACUUUCUUGAAAGAGGUGAUUGCUCUACAAAGGGUCGUUCUAUUUAAGUUGUAGUAUACGUGUUAUGUAGCUAGUCAUUCAUAAGUUAUUCAUAUACUUAAAACUCUUCCGUAUGGGUCUUAAAUGAGUAGCGCUUAGGACAGUGUAAAAUCCCUUUUCUCCAUUAUUUUUAUAAUCUAUGACUGAUGACACGGCGUAAUCUAUAAAUUGUAUUCUUGAAAAUUACUCCAAAACGAUCUAAAUUAUUAUUCUCAGUAGUUGAAAAAUAGUCUAUUUCAAACAAGUAUACACAUUUACAAUUUAGAAAUAAAAUUUUACAACACGUGAAAUGAAUAAAAACGGUACAUAACCGAAAGCUUAUGCUUUAGUUAUAUGAUGUCAUAUCCAAGUAUAUAUGUGUUAACAUUUGGCAGCGUGUAUAUGUAGGUACAUUGAUGUAUUAGAAAGUACAGUUACAUGUAUUAGACUCAUUUUUUUAUAUUGACCAUUACAGUAUUGUUAUUUAAGGACCGUAUUCUUGGUCAUCGUGGUCAGGAUGGUCACACUGCAAUGGCACGUGCAAAAUAAAUGGAGGAGUAGGUCAGCAGAACCGGAAGCGACAUUGUAAUGACGACGACGAUUUAGUCAAGUUACAUUUUUGUCGCGAGCCGUUCAUGGGUGAUUCCGGCGACGAGCAGACGGCCAUUGUGAGAAAUAUUUACGACAAUGCUCAGAUUAUUUUAGAAGACAGUGUUUCCUCCGGAACAGAUAACUAUGAAUUUGAGUAUCGGACAUGCCAGAAAGAGCACUGCCCAGUAAACGGCGGCUGGUCACAAUGGACUUAUUUUGGUGCAUGUUCAGUAACUUCCGGAACUGGUCACAUGACACGGUCCAGACAGUGUAAUAACCCGACUCCGGUACACGGUGGACACGACUGUGUUGGGGUUUCUUCGGAGUCAGCGUCAUGUUCAGAUAUUGAUAACUUUUGUGCGACUCUCAAUCUGUAAACAAUCAAAAUUGUAUACUGCAAUCACUAAAUAAUAAAUUAAGAGGUUUCUCAUACAAAACAACUUUUUCGUGCAAAAAAAACUUUCUCAUGCAAAAACACAGAUUUUAAGCAAGUAAAUUAAAAGGAUGCGGUUCUUCUUUUCUGGACUUUAUUACCUUUGCUGGAAGCAUUAUUUAAUAUAAGGUUUUCUUUUUCAUUUCCACGAGCCUUCAUCAACAUUUGGGAUAUUAUUAAUUCUUUUUAAUCAAAUUGCCUUUUUAUUCUUUUUUUCGUAUGUCCCAUGAAAAUUUAAUACAUUGAUACAUUUUUAAUACAUUUUUUAAUACAAAUUGUAGUAAACACAUGGAGCGGUUGGAAUAACUGGGAAUCAUGUAGCGUCUCUUGCGGUAGUGGGAUGA